UGAGGGGAGCCCGACGUGGAGAAACAGCGACACCCAGCGGCCAUGUGGUGCAACUGCAGCGCAAAGUUUCGAGGCGGAGUGAAAGUGAAACUACAGCAGAUAAGUGUUGGCCAGCAGCGGGUGUGUUUAUAGCAACGCGGGUUCAAACGUAGUGACCGAGCCGUUAACCGUCAUGUUCCAGUCGUGAUGGAGAACCGGGAGAACCGCAGCACGGUGGUGGUGUCCGGGGUUCCCGCCGCGCUGCCCCUCCACAGGAUGGCGGACAAGCUGACCGUCCACUUCCAGACCCGCCGAAGGAGCCACGGAGGAGACGUGAAGGCGGUGGAGUACCCCACCGACAUGGACGGAGUGGCCUUCGUCACUUUUGACAGAGCUGAAGAUGCAGCGAGUGUGGUGAGGAAGGAGCAGCAGAUCAUGACGGACAGCGAGUUUCCCCAAGAAUACGUCCUGACUGUGUUUCCCUUCAGCAGAGACGUGUUUGUGUACGUCGCCAGCGCUACGGUCGACCUCUCCGUGUUCGGCCGAGAUCAGGCGUCGCUGAUUAAGAGUCUGCAGUCGACUCACAGGUCGCUUCGGUUCCAACCUUUGGUCCAGAGUCAAGCCUCCAUCGAGGGUCCUUUCAGCGCCGUCCAGGCCCUGAGAGAGGACCUCAUCCGCAGGGCCAGCCGGCUUAAAUCCACAAACUCAGCCGUCAAACUAACAGAGACUCCUCUUAAUCCGAGGCUAAUAUCUCAUCACAGGCCUGUCGGCUCUGUAAGCCGCAGCGGUUCUAAAGCUAAGCGGGAAGCAGCGAGCUCGAGCAGCUUAUCGACGUCGCUGCAGAGCACAGGUGAAGCCAGUGAAGUCCAAAGCCUGCACUCAAAGGCACAAACUCCAAACGCUUCCUCCAGGCGAAAACUUUCUGAUGGGAGUUUGGCUGGAGGGAGCUUUUUGGAUGCAGACGGAGAAGAACCGAGAGGUCGGUCCGGGCCCAAAAUGUCCACAGAAUAUAGAACAGAGGGAACAAAGGCCAGAGCCAGACAAGUGAUCGGGGCAGAAAUCAAUGCAGGGAUUAUAUCUCCCUUAUCGGGCCUGGACCUGCCUCCUGCAGAGCAAAUAUCAGCUAAGCAGCCACAGCAACACCCCCGACCGGACAGGAUUUCACAAACCAGCGCCAGAGGACAGAAUCAUUCGGGCUGCAGCAGCUCAGUGGUCAAACCGAAGUUCAGCCAGAACACACUUAAAGACGCUUCAGUGCCUUCGAAGGGCAAAGCUGAUCUGAGUAAAGCCUCUCCAGAGGAUGCAGAAGAUAUCUGGGUCGACUCGUACGCACUCAGAUACAUUGAAAAAUUCCACAAGGAGGAGUUGGACGGAUGUUUGGAGGGUGUUGACGUGUCCGUCGAGUGUGUGGAAGGCAGCGGCCUCGCUCGGAUAUCACUGACUCAGAAUCAAACCGCCUCGAGCAGCUGGAAGCAAAGAUUACAGACUUUGGUGAAUGAUUUGUUGUCACGUUUAAGAGUUUACGAGAUCCCGUACGACUCAACGCAGCUGCCGGACAAACAGAAACUGACUAAGAUCUGCAAUGAAGUGAAUUUGGUGUUUGAAGAUGUUCUUUACAUGUUGGAGGAUUCUUGCAUUAAAGUCGUCGGUCCAUCGACGUCCAGCUUCUGUUUUCACAGUUUAGUAAAGACCAGGAUCAGAAAAGCCCUGAGAAUGUAAAGUAAAUGGGUGCAGUUUUAUCAGUGACCACAUGGUGGAGCAGUUGUGCCUUCAAAGAAAAACCCUCUGAAUGGAUUGGAGACACAGUUGGGUUCAUGUGAUGGUAAUUUAUAAUAAUUAUGACUGUACAAAUAAAUAAAACUGUAUGAAUUAAGAACAGGCUUCUAUUAAAUUAAAAAUAAAAAAAACCACCUUCCUGUACCCGAGUCUGUGUUUCUAUGGCGAAGCCUCCCGUUUGUUUAUCCCCGGAUUAAUAAUUAGUCCUUUAAACAGCAGGUUUAAAUCCAAGUGAUGUUCUCACAGCGGUAGGGAUGAGUCUUAAUUAACCUCCUCACAUCUUAAUUACAGAUGAUAGACUUGUAAUUAAAAACCUAAAAAACAGAGAAAACAGAUGCCGACGUGUCUCCGAUCACGAUCCGGUGAACUUUCAGCGCAUUAACCUGAGUUUGAUCCCUGGAUGUGCAUGUUAGUCAACAGCAAAUGAUUUUUUUUGUUUGUUUGUUUCUGAGAUGUUUGUAAUUUUAGAAAAUCUAAAUGUCAUUUUAAUGCAGAAUUAAAUAAGAAGACAGGAAAUGUGUAAAUAGGUGCGAGUGAGGCUUUAAAGGCCCCGACAAUGUGUUUUAUACGACAUGUAAACAUAUAAAAUUAUUUUGCAUAAGA